AUGAAUAAGGGUAGACAUUCUCUGAAAUGGGUUCUCUUGGAUUUAAUCGAGAGGUGCAAUGAUUUGAGAUCCUUCAAGCAAAUUUAUGCACAGCUCUUGACUUCUACCCUUGUUACUAAUGACUUGGUUCUCCCAAAAGCUGCAAACUUUUUUGGGAAACAUGUCACUGAUAUUCAUUACCCUUGCAAUUUCUUGAAGCAAUUUGAUUGGAGCUUGAGCUCUUUUCCUUGUAAUUUGAUAAUUUCCGGCUAUGGCGCUGGUCGCUUACCUUGGGCUGCAAUCCUGAUUUAUAGAUGGUCUGUCCGUAAUGGGUUUGUGCCUGAUGUGUAUACUGUCCCAGCAGUUUUGAAAUCAUGUGCUAAGUUUUAUGGUAUUGGGGAGGUUAGACAGUUUCAUACGUUGGCUGUUAAGUCUGGCUUGUGGUGUGAUAUUUUUGUGCAAAACUCUCUUGUUCAUGUUUAUAGCAUUUGUGGGGAUAAUGUAGAUGCUGGUAAGGUGUUUGAUGUUAUGCUUAUGAGAGAUGUGGUCUCUUGGACUGGUUUGAUAUCUGGGUAUGUGAAGGCUGGGUUGUUUAAUAAUGCUGUUGAAUUGUUUUUGAGAAUGGAUGUGGUGCCUAAUGUAGCUACAUUUGUUAGUAUUUUUGGGGCGUGUGGGAAAUUGGGUUGUUUGAAAUCGGGGAAGAGGAUUCAUGGGUUGGUUUGUAAAUAUCCGCAUGGAAAGGAGUUGGUGGUGAGGAAUACUGUGAUAGAUAUGUAUAUGAAGUGCGAGUCUGUCUCUGAUGCAAAACAAUUGUUUGGUGAGAUCCUUGAAAAGGACAUUGUUUCUUGGACUAUUAUGAUAAGUGGAUUAGUGCAAUGCCAGUAUCCACAGUCUUGGGCUUCUUGA